UAUUCGCAGGCAUAGAUAGAACUUUAUUCGCAGUAUUGUGUGUUGUGGUCUGCUAGCCGUGUGAUGUUGUCAACAUUAAAAGCCCGUUUAAAAGUGGAAUUUCGACCUGAUACUGUUUCUCUCGCCUUUCCAGCAUAGGUUAGGUUCUCCUUUUGUUUUGUAAAUUAAUGGAUGAGAUGGAGAUUCAAACGGAGUUGUCUGACUCAAAUCAAGUUCCAUUGCUGAAAGAUACGGAGCAAGAAUCUGGAAAUUCUAAUGGAGCUUCAAAUGACGUCCAGGAUCAGGAUCUCGCUGAAUCAAAUAGUUCCGAUACAUCUCAGCAACUUAGUAAAAGGAUGCAACGGAAAAUUAGAAAGCGGGAGCAGUGGUUGGCAAAUCUUCCUGCAAAGAGAGCCAAAGAGAGAGAGAAAUACAAACUGAAGCGGCAAGCUGCGCGCGCUAACAAUGAAGUCCUCCCAUCACGGAAAAAACUUAAAGAGUGCACUAUGGCCAAUAGUAGCUGCAAAGUUCGUGUGUGUAUUGACUUGGACUUUGAUGACCUUAUGAACCCUCGGGAUAUUGGCAAAUGUGUGAAGCAAAUGAUGAGAUGCUACACUCUUAACAGACGGACAGAAAAUCCCAUGCAGCUUUAUUUUACUAGUUUCAAUGGAAAGUCCGAACAAGAAAUGAAUAAAAAUAAUGGUUACAUGAAUUGGGAUGUUCACUUUGAAAAGAACGCCUAUACUGAUGUGUUUUCAAAAGAUGAAAUCAUCUACUUAAGCAGCGAGUCUGAUAAUAUAAUAAGUGAUCUAGAUGACACAAAAGUCUACAUUAUUGGUGGACUUGUUGAUCACAAUGCUCAUAAGGGUUUAUGUCAUCGCUUAGCUGAAGAAAAGAAGAUAGCUCAUGCCCAACUUCCAAUAUCUGAGUUUCUGGACCUCAAAUCAAGAAAGGUUUUAACCAUUGAUCAUGUAUUUGAGAUUCUUCUUGGUGUGAGCCAAGGCCUGUCUUGGAAAGACGCAUUCUUGAAGGUUUUACCUCAACGGAAAGGAGCUAUUGUCAAGGAAGAAAAUAGUUCGGAUACUUGCACAGAUGUCAAGAAUUCUGAAAAUGCGUGUAUUAAUACAGAAAAUACCUUUACACACAAAGAACUUUCUGCUCUUUCCGAAGUCAAUAAAAUUGAAGUGGAAGAAAAACUGUCUGAAACUUAAUGAAGUUUGUGCAGAAUAUUUCAUUUUUGUUAACCAAUUUUGUGAUAAAUUUUGUGCCUUGUUAUUUACAACAUUUGUAAUUGUUUGACAGUAAAUGCUAAUAAUGUUGAA